UGGGCUCACAGCUCCCCGGAUUGGGCGCCCUGCGACGGUGACGCGGCUCCGGGCGGGGGACGGGCUUCCGGCCGCGGGCGCCUCUGUGGUUGGCGUCAUGGCGGGCGCUCCGUGGGGCCUCGCUGCCGGCCUGCUGCUGCUGCUGCUGCUGCUGUCGGGGGCUGCCCGGAGCUCGGAGGUGCCCGGCGCUGCCGCUGAGGGCUCGGGCGGCAGUGGCGUCGGCCCGGGAGAUCGCUUCAAGAUCGAGGGGCGUGCGGUCGUCCCCGGGGUGAAGCCGCAGGACUGGAUCUCGGCGGCCCGCGUGCUCGUAGACGGAGAGGAGCACGUCGGCUUUCUGAAGACAGAUGGCAGCUUUGUUGUUCAUGAUAUACCUUCUGGAUCUUACGUAGUAGAAGUUAGUUCUCCAGCGUACAAGUUUGAUCCUGUCCGAGUAGAUAUUACUUCAAAAGGAAAAAUGAGAGCAAGAUAUGUGAAUUACAUCAAAACAUCAGAGGUAGUCAGACUUCCCUAUCCUCUCCAAAUGAAAUCUUCAGGUCCACCUUCUUACUUUAUUAAAAGGGAGUCAUGGGGCUGGACAGACUUUCUGAUGAACCCAAUGGUUAUGAUGAUGGUUCUUCCAUUAUUGAUAUUUGUGCUCUUGCCCAAAGUGGUUAACACAAGUGAUCCCGACAUGAGACGGGAGAUGGAGCAGUCAAUGAACAUGCUGAAUUCCAACCAUGAAUUGCCUGAUGUUUCUGAGUUCAUGACAAGACUCUUCUCUUCAAAAUCAUCUGGCAAAUCUAGCAGUGGCAGCAGUAAAACAGGCAAAAGUGGGGCUGGCAAGAGAAGGUAGUCAGGUGUCUGCUGCUGGCAUUUGCACAGACAUGGCAACACUGGGUGUCAUCCACGUCCUGAGGGAAAACUGUAUGAAGUAACUACUGUAAACUUGGGUCAUCCUGAAGUUGAUCUCUUACAACUAUUGUAUAUGUUAACUUUUUAACAUGUUUUGUACUUGGUACAUAAGCAAACCCAGGUUUCAACCUUUGUCUGUAUGAGGUCAAUAUUGAUGUCACUGAAUUAAUUACAGUGUCCUAUAGAAAAUGACAUUAAUAAAUUAUAUGAAGUACUAUACAUUAUGUAUAUUAAAAGAAAUCUUACUCCACAGAUCA